UUACCCACAAUGCUUUGCGUGUCUGUAAUGGCGAUGAUUAGGCCUACUGUGUUUCUGUGUUUAUCAACCCAUGAAGCAGCGAUUGAUUUUCUUUAGAGAAAACGGAACAACUGCGUCUUAUUUUUUUCUGACAUGCUUGAAGUGAAGAAGUAAUGGUCAAGUAGAUUUUUCUACCAGAGAAACCAAAGGCAUGACAGAUGAAGGAGUCACAAAAUGUUGAAAGACGUCUCAUAUGAUUGAAGACAAAUGUAUAAAACAAUGGUGCAUCAAAUGUGAGUUGUUUGACUGGAACAAAGUGCUUCUAUAUGAAUCCAAACUUGAACAUGCCAACUGGCCCAGGGCCCGGCCCGGGUGUCUCAAUGCCCGGAGGACCACCAAUGCCGUCUGGCCCCAUGCCGCCAGGUCCCAUGCCCUCGGGCCCCAUGCCCCCGGGUGCUAUGCCCUCAGGCCCCAUGCCGUCGGGUCCAAUGCCCGGACCGGGACCGAGUCCCAUCCCAGGAGGACCAGGACCAAUGCCUCCAGGAGUCAUGCCAGGGGGUCCUCCAAUGCCUGGACAGGAUCCUUUCUACUCCUCUCCAUUUUCCACUUUUUACAGGAGACCAACGCCGUACAUGGGCCAGCCUGAUUACAGAAUAUAUGAGCUCAACAAAAGAUUGCAGCAUCGCACAGAGGACAGUGACAAUCUGUGGUGGGAUUCAUUUACCACGGAGUUCUUUGAGGAUGAUGCGUCCCUCACCCUCACAUUUUGUCUGGAAGAUGGCCCAAAGCGUUACACUAUUGGACGCACUCUUAUACCUCGCUACUUUCGAAGUAUUUUUGAAGGUGAGGUGACAGAUCUGCAUUAUAUUCUCAAGUACCCAAAGGAAUCUUUUCAUAAUACAACAAUCACUCUUGACUGUGACCAUGCCCUUAUGGUCACCCAACACGGAAAGCCCAUGUUCACCAAUCAGGUGAUAACAGAGGGGAGAUUGAUACUUGAGUUCACAUUUGAUGACCUUAUGAGGAUACGGUCGUGGCAUUUUGCCAUCCGGCAGCAUAGAGAACUGAUUCCACGCAGUGUUAUUGCUAUGCAGCAAGAUCCGACUAUGGUGGAACAGUUGUCAAAGAAUAUUACAAGAAUGGGCUUGACAAACUACACUCUCAACUUUUUACGGCUGUGCGUGAUCCUGGAGCCCAUGCAGGAGCUGAUGUCGCGGCACAAGGCGUACGGUUUGAACCCCAGAGACUGUCUCAAAACAACUCUCUUUCAGAAAUGGCAGCGAAUGGUCGCGCCACCAGGUAAAGAAUCUGCCCGUCCUCCCAGCAAGAGGAGGAAGAGGAAAGGCUCUCAGAGCACAAAUGCUGGGUCUGGCAACAUCAACAACCGGGAUGCACCUCCAUCAGGGAAACAGAAGCGGUCACCAGGACCACAGGGUUUUAACUUAGGCUCAACAGUGCCAGGUGAUGUGAUGGUCGUAGGAGAACCGACUCUGAUGGGAGGAGAAUUUGGAGACGAGGAUGAACGCCUCAUCACCAGGUUGGAGAACUCGCAGUUCGAACCCACCAACAAUGAGGACAACAACGCGGACAAAUUUCACAACUCUCCCGCUGUACAGCAGAGCCCAUGGGGUGGGGACAAGAACACCCCGCAGCCUUCAACAGCCACCACCACACCCACUACUAAUACUCCCCUCACUGAAGCUGAGAUCAAACAGGAAUAAGGUUCCAAUUCUUUUUUUUCACUCUAAGAGAUCAGUUGUUCUAGGAGUUUGGCAUUGUUAUCAGUAGUUUGUAAAAUUCAUGUGAUAGCUUGCUUUUGUUCUACAGUUCCCGCAGGAAUAUUUUUGGAAAAAAAACCCCGAACCAUUUGGCUCUUGUAACCGUAAAUGGUUGCACAAUCAAAUGUUCUGAAAACAUUUAUUGUGCAUAUCUGAGGGGAUUGGUUUUGAAAACAUCUCCUCUUCUCAAUCUCGGUUAUCGCUAUUAUUGAGUCCUCUCGUAACCUGCUCACCAUUAGAGGAACUGCUCUUCAAUUGAACAAAAAAGCACUUGUCAGAGUAAAGGAGCUGGCACAAACUACCCUCUUUUAAUAACUCCUUCUCCUGUUUGGUGACUCAAAGACAAUUCAAGGAGCACUGAUAUUUUGGUCAGCCUGCUUUGAUCUGUGUGUCUGCAUCAUGACUCUGACAUUUGAGUGAUGUGUAAAGUUUGGUAGUUUUACUGGUGUGUACCCCUUGUAUUCCUGAAUUGCAGGUGCCUUGUGGGAACUCCUCAGUAUGUGAAAUGUAAACAACCUGUAAAUGAAAUAACACUAUUUUUCAGCAUUAUAUAUCAAACAUUUUAGCGUUUUAUUAUUUACCAGAAAACUUUUAUUUCACAUGUACAUUUUGUGUUUAAACUGGCGGUGGGGGAGGGGUAUUUUUAAAAAUGUGAUGUGUCAUACUUUGUAAGGGUGCUAAGGAUUGCCGAAGUUGUGUUAACUGCGGCUUGGAAAAAAAAAAGACACGUGUUUAUAAUCGUAUACUUUCAAAAAGUCACGAGGGACGUAGCCGGUUAUGUCAGUGACAAGGCAGUUGAAUCUCUGGUUUACUUUGUGAUCUGUCCUUGAACGUCGGAUAACAGAUGGACAUUCUUUUUUCCCGUCCCCACCUCCCUUCGAGAACAAGAGGAGAGCAUAGGAGCCUGUUGUUGAGAAAAGGGGAAGAGAAUUAUAGGGUUUAUUUUUACAUUUUAUUCAAGGUUUCGCUCUGUGAGCGUCCUUCCAAUUCAAUUUUAAUAAGAAAGGCUGGAGAAAACUUCACAGCACAAAUAAAUUUGUACGUUUGCUUGUUUGCCAAGGAAGAAAAAGAAGGUUUUGCACAGUGGUUUGCUAAUGAUAAAAAGUUCUUCUUAUUGCAUAGUUGAGAUUGUUGGUCGAUGGACAGAUUUCUUUUUCCAUGCCGGGAUUUAGGCUGAGAAGAUGACACUCUCUCUUUUUUUAGUAGAUUUACAGUAAUGUACUGAUUUAUUACCUUUUAUCUUGGCGCAAUCCUCAUAGCUUGUCACUGCUAAGCAGGGGACCCAGUGAUACAGUCAGAUAGAUGCUAUUUUCUUCACCUCACUCGUGUCCCUCAGCAUCAAAGAAAAUCUCCACACCAUCCAUCAAUAGGAUACACUUGCAUCACCUGAGGGUUUGUUGAUAUCCUCUUCUUAUCUGCGCAAUUUGAUAAUAUAUAUAUUUUUGAUGUAUAUAAUGUGAAUAGCAAAUAUUUAUGUUGUUGGGGUGUUGUUUCUGUUAUAUAUAUAAUUAUAUUGCUAUCGUUUUUUGUUAUGUACUUCAGGCACAUUUGUCUUGUUUUUCUUUGUAAAUCUCAGUUCUUAUUUUUAUUGUCAACACUAAAUGAACGUUCAUUUGUCAAAGAUUGGCGCUCUUCAAUUAUUAUUGUGAAUGUUAUGGGUAUUUCUUUAAUUUCCUCACAAAUGAAACAAAUGAUACAGUUGAUGUUUUCAUUUUUUAGAGGCUGCCCAAUAACACUGUGGUUUGGAAACACAAGUGCAUCAGGGCAGCGAAAGUUGUUUGUUUUAUCAUUGUUUGUUUGUGGGCAGUUGGAGUUUUAUCAUUAAGCUGAUAUUUAUAACUGCAUUUCAGGCAGCAAGUUUGUGAUUUCAAGAUUUUUAUCAUCAUAAUGUAAUGAUGUUUGCAAUGCUUCACACUCUUCUGAAUUGCAUGUUUAUGAUGUUGACAUUUCAUCUUCUUCUGGUUGGAAGAAGCUCGUUUGAUUUUGAUCUUGAAAUGUAAUUUUUCAGGGUAUGUGUCUGUUGUGAGAACUUGAUUUUAAGUUUUCAGACCUUAACUUUACUAUAGUGAAUACAGUGGCUAUACUACUGCUUCUACUAGAGUACAACUCAUGUUGUAUGAGAAUUUACAGGUCUCUAUAUUUGGACCAAAAAGUGUCUGGUAGUUUAUAUUUAGACAAUCACAAAGUUUUGUCAGUGUGGUUUUUGGAUCAGUUUAUUUUUAAAAAAAACUUCAUUUCUGACCGA